AUGAAGCUCUUCUCAAUUCUACUUCGGGUCGGCCUGCUGGCCGCGGUCGCAAGCAGCUCGCCCACAAGCUUCGACGAGUUGAUUACACCCGCCGCGCCCCUCAAGCGCGCUGCCCAAGCUAUCACACAGGUGACCAACUUCGGCGCCAACACGUCGGGGACAAAGAUGUACAUAUAUGUGCCAUCCAAACUUGCAACCAACCCGCCAAUCAUCGUCGCGAUCCACUACUGCACCGGGACCGCACAAGCGUAUUAUAACGGCUCGCCCUACGCGUCACUCGCCGACCAAAAGGGAUUCAUCGUGAUCUAUCCCGAAAGCCCUUAUAGCGGCACUUGCUGGGAUGUGAGCAGCCGGGCGGCACUGACGCACGACGGUGGUGGGGAUAGCAAUUCUAUCGCGAACAUGGUGACGUAUACACUCAAGCAGUACAAUGGAGAUGCGAGCAAGGUGUUUGUCACGGGCAGCUCGUCAGGGGCGAUGAUGACGAAUGUCAUGACAGCAACAUACCCUGAACUCUUCGCCGCGGGUAUCCCUUAUUCUGGAACUCCCGCCGGAUGCUUCUAUAGCCAGUCUGGUGCUGUCGACGCCUGGAACAGCUCCUGUGCGAGUGGGCAGAUUCAUAGUACCCCAGCAAUAUGGGCAGGGAUGGUGCGUAACAUGUAUCCGGGCUAUAACGGCAGCUACCCAAAGAUGCAGGUCUACCACGGCAGCGCCGAUACGACUCUGUACCCAUCAAACUACAACGAAACGAUCAAGGAGUGGGCUGGAGUUUUUGGUUUCGACUAUACUAAGCCGGAUACCACUGCUGCGAAUACGCCGCAGAGCGGAUAUACAACAUAUAGCUGGGGCAAUCCGGUCAAGCUGCAGGGAAUUUACGCCAAUGGGGUCGGGCAUACAGUACCUAUUCGGGGAGCCGAUGACAUGAAAUUCUUUGGGUUGUAA